AAAAAACUAUAAGCGCCAGGCCAAACACCUCCUUCAUGUAUCAAAGCCUUGUCUCCUUCCUCUACAAACCCUAGCUCCGAAAUCGUUAGUUCUCGAUCAGCAAUCUUUCGAACAUGGAUCAAUUUGGGGGUGGAAGCUGGAACAUGAUCCCAACAAUGGCGACCCACAGCAACCCCACAACACCCUCCAAUCAAGACCACUUAUAUCUCCAACAACAGCAACAAUUUCAACAACAACAACACCAGUUUCACCACCAACAACAAUUUCAACUCCAACAUCAACAACAACAACAACAACAGCGCUACCAGAUCUCUCAACAACAACAGCAGCAGCAGCAACAACAACAACAGCAACCUUCACAAUCACUCGCUUCACACUUUCACCUCCAAAACCUGGUGGAGAAUUUAGCUGAUGCGAUUGAGAAUGGAACCCGAGAUCAACAUUUUGAUACACUGGUUACUGAAUUGAGCAGCAACUUUGAGAAAUGCCAGCAGCUCUUGAACACUAUAUCGGGGUCUAUCGCCACCAAAGCUGCGACCGUGGAGGGACAAAAACAGAAAGUUGAAGAAGCUGAACAAAUGCUUAGUCAAAGAAGGGAACUGAUCGCGAAGUACAGAAAUUCUGUGGAAGAGAUUACAAAGUCUGAUCUUUAAGCGACUUCACGAAGAUUGUAGACUUGGAACAUCUUCCUUAAGUUGCUAAUCCACUGUGGCUGCAAGAUUUGAUUGUUCAUUCGAAGUUCAUAUAAAAAAAAAGCAUGAUAAUCCUUACAUUGUUAUACUAUUGUUUGUUUGGGUCACGGGUCCUUUUUCCUAGUUUUCGGGCCUCAUAUAAAGGAACGAAAAAUGAUAUAAACUGGUUGUGUAAAAA